CUCUUCCUCCGACCUAAACAAAGAGAAACUGUAGAAAGUAAAACUCAAAACGAAGAGUGAAAUAGUCACGGAGAUCAAAUUUUUAGGGUUCUAGCAGAUUUCAUGUUCAAGUGGUCUAUCUCUCUUCCUCAAUCAAUCUCUGUAACUUUCUAUCCUUGAAACUAUUUUGAUCACUUCGCAGAAAUUUGAAGAUGCCGCUCCAGAGAUCUCCUUCAGAUCGCCGACCACCGCUUGCUGAAUCAAUGAAUCAGAUCCGUUCUCGCAGGAUGUUGCGUUCUAGUACUACUUCAAUCCCAUCUACACCAGUUUCAAUGAUGAAAACCCAAACUCCAAGACAUCUGAUGACUCGAGAUAGACCAGAACUUCGACAAGAGUAUCAAUCGAUUACAACCGAUUUCCAAGCCUUGGAAAAAAUGGUGAAAGAUCAAUUCGGAAAUCAAGACUUAUCUAUGACUGAUUUGACCAACACUUACAGCGCUGCUCCAUUUGAAAGAGGCAGGUUUUAUGAUGAAUACUCUGCUAGAAGAAAUGAGAGAUUAAGAAGAAGAAAAGGAGGCGAAACUGUGGAAGAGAAGAAGAAGCCUAGCAGUGUUUAUAAUCUUGGUGUUGUUGAAUCUACUAUCAAGAAAAAAGGAGGAGAUCAAAAGAAACUGGAAACUUUAAGGAAAUCAGUGCCUGCUAAUUUCUCAAUUCCUAGAUCUGAAACAACGGGUACUACUUCAAGAUAUUCUUUGAGAAGUAGCACUAAAGAUGUCAGUAAAUUCACUAUGUCAUCAGGCAAAUUAUCUUUCAGCAGUAUGGAUGGAGAACGCAGUAAGAUCACUACUCGUCGAGGAGGAGGAGUUCGUAAGAUCUGAUUAAUUAAUCAAUCAGAACACUUCUGUGUGUUCUUUUGGUCGUUUUUUUAUCCCUGAUUAUCAGAGAGACUGAAACUAAAUUCAGUCUACAAAGUUUAGGUUUUUUUCUUCUUGAAUUCUCAUAUGGUGUGUGUUUUUUUUUAAGGAAUUUUAUUUGAUUUAAUUAAUUUGAAUCUACAAAUCUUCUUCUAUUAUUGUUCGCUUCUUCCAUUUUGUUUAAAAGGUGGAUUAGCUACUCCUGUUGGUGGUGGUGUUAGUUCUUUAAAUGUUCAAAUGAGAAAAGAGCUUGAUCUCUUUGCUUCUCUUGUCAAUUGUUGUAAUCUUCCUGGAUUACCUACUAGGCACGAAAAUGUUGAUAUCGUUGUGAUCAGGGAGAAUACUGAGGGUGAGUAUGCUGGUCUUGAACAUGAGGUCGUUCCUGGUGUUGUUGAGAGCUUAAAGGUGAUAACAAAGUUCUGUUCGGAGCGCAUAGCACAGUAUGCCUUUGAGUAUGCUUACCUAAACAACAGAAAGACUGUGACAGCCGUCCACAAGGCUAACAUCAUGAAGCUUGCUGAUGGGUUGUUUUUAGAAUCUUGCCGCGAGGUUGCAACAAAAUACCCUGGUAUCAAGUAUAAUGAGAUCAUUGUGGAUAACUGCUGCAUGCAACUUGUUUCAAAGCCAGAGCAGUUUGAUGUAAUGGUUACACCAAAUCUGUACGGCAAUCUUGUGGCGAACACCGCAGCAGGCAUUGCUGGAGGCACUGGUGUCAUGCCAGGAGGAAAUGUAGGUGCUGAUCAUGCAGUGUUUGAACAAGGUGCUUCAGCUGGAAAUGUUGGUAAUGAUAAACUGGUGGAGCAACAGAAAGCAAACCCAGUAGCGCUAUUGCUGUCAUCUGCAAUGAUGUUGAGACAUCUUCAGUUCCCAUCUUUUGCUGAUCGAUUGGAGACUGCUGUUAAACGUGUCAUCUUAGAGGGGAAAUACAGGACCAAAGAUCUAGGCGGACAAAGCACAACCCAGGAAGUCGUGGACGCCGUCAUUGCGGUUCUAGACUAAUCACUUGAUAACUAGCUAGAAUUGCUAGCUGCACUACUCAUCAUUAAUCCACUUAAGCAAAGUUUAAUAUUUUCUUUAGGUGGAGACUUGAGAGAAAUUUAUCAUUGCCUAUUAUUGUUGGUCCCAUGAAGAGGGUCCUAUAAAUUGUUUUGUUCAACAUUUUCCUUAGCGCUACAGCUUAAAUUGGUUGUUUGUUCUGCUGCUUACAACCCAAAACAAGUGUACAAAUUGAAACCGGGAAAUUUCUGUAUACUUGAAUAAAAAUCUAUUAAAGUUUGAUCAUC